CUGUGCUAAUAUUAGUGACAGACUUCUUCGACAUAAAGAAAUAUCUAUGGUGUGAUUCACACAUUGAUGUCCCGCUUUGUCUUGAAUGUAUCCACAGCAAAAUGAAUUACAAUAUCAUCAAAUUCAAAGAGGCAGAAGAAAUAAUGGAAACACAAGAAUAUUCGCAAUUUGUCAAGAUAAAUGAGUGCAAGCGUAUCAUUUUCCACCCUCGGUUUCUUGGAAAUACCAGAAAAGGAAUCGAGGAGGCUUUGAAAUCAGAAAGAAAUUUGGUGUCAGAUAAGUUUGGUGGUGCUUUGAUUGCAUAUAACAAUAUUAAAAUACAACAAGCUAUGGGACUUAUUGUUGAUCCCUACAUCCACUUUGACAUUGUUGCUGAUUUUAUUGUAUUCAAGCCAGAAGUAGGGGCUUCAUUGAAGGGUGUUGUACACAGAGUAUUCAAAAAUCAUGUCAGCCUUUUGGUGUAUGGUAUCUUUAAUGUAUCAAUCAAGAAAUCCGAGUCAAAUGCAGAGCAACUGAGAGAGGGAAAUGAAGUGGACUUCAAAGUGGAAAGAAUUUAUGUCAACAACAGAAUUCUAUCCAUGCAUGGAGUUUUAUGGAGCGAAGAAGUUACAAAAAAGACAAAAAUGACCAAGAAAAAAUCUCAGAGGAAAACAUUCCCAGAUGAAGAUGAAUCAGUGCCUGCAGAGGAGAGCCUGGACAGGAAAGAUAAGGCAGCAGAUAGACUCGGAGAAUUGGAUGGAGAGGAUGUGGAAAUGAUUGCGGAGGAUUCACUUCCUGUAACACACAAGAAAUCGGAGAAGAAGAAAAAGAAGAAAUCGAAGGAAAAAGUUUGACAGAAAAGUUCGUCAGAUGAUUCACGCGUGUCAAUAGAGACUGCAAAAUUACCAACCAAGGUCUGCCAACUGUUUCAAGUGUAGUCAAGAGUACAAGCAAUAAAGGACAAAACAGUGUCACUGAGAUGAUUUCUGUGAAUAUUUGACAAAGCACUGUUUUCAUCCUAUGAAGUAUUCUUGUACAAAAAAAAAAUACCCACAUACAUGUUUUUUAAUUUGUAAACAAUAUGUGGCCUAGG